CCCUGGAUGGAAAGCCCGUCUUAACGGAAGUUUUUCCAGGAGCGGAGCACGCCGGCUUAGGUGGCAGCCGCCCCGGCAUCGGGCAGAGCUGUCGGCCUUUAGCCCUUCACCCCUGCUUAAGGAGAUGACCAACCAGUACAGCAUUCUCUUCAAACAGGAGCAAGCCCACGACGAUGCCAUUUGGUCAGUUGCCUGGGGGACAAACAAGAAGGAGAACACUGAGACGGUGGUGACGGGCUCCCUGGACGACCUGGUGAAGGUCUGGAAAUGGUGUGAUGAGCGGCUGGACCUGCAGUGGAGCCUGGAGGGACAUCAGCUGGGGGUGGUGUCCGUGGACAUCAGCCACACCCUGCCCAUUGCUGCGUCCAGUUCUCUCGACGCGCACAUCCGUCUCUGGGACUUAGAAAAUGGCAAACAGAUAAAGUCUAUAGAUGCAGGACCUGUGGAUGCCUGGACUUUGGCCUUCUCUCCCGACUCCCAGUAUCUGGCCACAGGAACUCACGUAGGGAAAGUGAACAUUUUUGGUGUGGAAAGUGGGAAGAAGGAGUAUUCCUUGGACACAAGAGGAAAAUUCAUUCUCAGUAUUGCUUACAGUCCCGACGGGAAGUACCUGGCCAGCGGAGCCAUCGACGGCAUCAUCAAUAUUUUUGACAUUGCCACCGGGAAGCUUCUGCACACGCUGGAAGGCCACGCCAUGCCCAUUCGCUCCUUAACCUUUUCCCCGGACUCGCAGCUCCUCGUCACGGCCUCAGACGACGGCUACAUCAAGAUCUAUGAUGUGCAGCACGCCAACCUGGCUGGCACGCUGAGCGGACACGCCUCCUGGGUGCUGAACGUCGCCUUUUGUCCCGACGACACGCACUUUGUUUCCAGCUCCUCUGACAAGAGUGUGAAGGUCUGGGACGUUGGCACGAGGACCUGCGUGCACACCUUCUUUGAUCACCAGGAUCAGGUCUGGGGAGUAAAGUACAACGGAAAUGGCUCCAAGGUCGUGUCUGUUGGUGAUGACCAGGAGAUCCACGUCUACGACUGUCCCGUGUGAGCGGAGCCCGCGCGCCCGGGCUGCGCCGAGAAGGCUCCGCCAUGACAUUCCCGUCCUUGCCAGGCUCUCCGUACAGAAAUACCGCCGAGACUCGAGUUUUGUAGAUACAGUGCAAAUCUUUCCAUUGCAUUGGGAAUGCUGUCCGUACCCUAACGUGAAUAAAGCAUUCUUAAUGCAAACAGC